AUGUGUGCCUCUUCAGUCUUACCUACUGAUCAUACCAUUGCGGACUUCAUUUGGGAGAACAGCAACGGAGAAGCCGCUUCAUCGCAACGUUUGCAAAGUGUUCGGCUUUCAGAGUAUUAUGCGGAGAGAGUUUCGACGAACAGGCUCAGUCACAGCAAAGCUGACAUACAGAAGGCAAUCGUGCAGCUCAAAUUGAAUCCUUCAGCAUCGAAAGACUCGAUUCGAUCAGCAACCGACUGUGGAGGUACCGGCGCAGUUCUGGAACACGCUGUAAGGCUGAUGUUCAUGACUGCGUGUCACACUGAAGGCACCGCACUCGGAGGCUAUAACAUAUAUAAAUGGACAGAUAAUGAGACACUAGUGGCCUUCUUUAAGCGUGUCUACCCACAUCGGUCUGCUGGAGGGAUACCCGAACAGUCUGUCAAUAUUAGGAAUCUCAGUGCCCAUAUCCUGUCUAAGAACGCCAGAAUUGAGAUCGAUGCAACUGACAAUCUCUCGGAUCACUUGUCUUUGAUUCAGGGAGAAGGAUUCAAAACCCUGUUGGUGUACCAUCAUCGAGAGUUUCUCGAACGUAGCCUGGAUAUUUUGAAGGCCGACCAGGAAGAGUUAAACCAUUCUUUACCUGAAGCCAUAUCCAUUGGCUGUCUACCCCCGAAGCUUCUCGAGGAUACACUCAGAACCCUCGAUCUUCUAUUCCCUCCCUUCGGUGACGGGCGAUCCCGACGAAUACUGAAGAAAUGGGUCCAGCGGCAAGAUCUCGAUCCCGAUCUCCUGAAGCCUUCCCGCCAUUCUCUAGGGUCUCCAGCUGGUCAAGAACUUCCCGAUGACCUUCGCGGCUUAUACACGCAGCACCCGCACUGGGCCCCACAGCUGGUCCGUCUGCUGAGCGAGGUCGACCACCCGACGCCGACUACUAGAUGGGAGCGCGGCUGUCUUCGGAAUCCUGGCCACGGCGCUGGCGGCGGUCCAGUGUCAUCUUCCUUAAUCAUGGCUUCGCGACCUGACAUGGACGACGAAGACCUAACCUUCCACUGCUGCGCGCCCCUCCGGCCCUCAGAGCUUUUGAGACCAAUUGACGUCGGCGACCUUGGCGGCUCAGGCCACGCAGGAAAAUCAACAUUCCUCGCCUGGCCCAUCUUCGGCCCCCUCCUCUUCCAAAACGAAACAAGUGAUGCGCGCGACCACUGCGCGAAUGAGAGGACAUUCCUUAGCUACCUCCGCCUCUCAGUCUACAUGUCCAUCGUCGCCGUCGCCAUCGUCCUCUCCUUCCACCUGAAGUCCGAACCCAGCCAGCUCGAGCUGCGCAUGGCCAAACCCCUCGGCAUCAUCUUUUGGAUCCUGGCCGUCGCGUGUCUGUGUCUCGGGAUCGGUAACUACAUAAAAACCGUCAACAAGUACAGUCGCAAAGCGGCCAUCGUGCAAACCGGAUGGAGGACGCAGCUCGUGCUCGCCGUGGUAGCUCUCAGCAUUGUGGGAACAUGCGUCGUCUUACUCGUCAUUACAAAGAUUUCAGCAAACUCUCAAGAGGGACAGAAUAACUCAUCAACUAACGCAGAAGCAGCAGCAGCAGCCUUCGUCGCAGGACCAGUCUUGAAGUGA